AUGCGCACCACCUUCCUCUCUCUUUCCGCGCUCCUCGUCGCCGUGGGUCUGACGGCCGCGGCGCCUCUGUGCUCCGACUCGGUGUGGAGCUACGAUGGCGGGUACAAUACGAUUUCGACGUCGUCCAACGCGCUCCUCGACGCAUCGGGCAUCAAGAUCGGCCUCGACGUGCUCAAGCGCUCGCCCUCGCCGUGCGUGCAGCAGUGGCAGUACAACGGCGGCAACAACGUCGUGUCCAACAAGAGCAACAAGCUGCUCGACCUCUCCGGCCUCGGACUUGGCGUCAAGCUCCUCAAGAAGUAG